AUGGCGACAGUAUCUUCAAUUACUAAUCAUCAUUUUGAUCUAAAGUCCUCGGACUUUCUUUUAUCGAUAACAAUACUACUUACCGUUUUCUUUUCCAUAAAAAUAAUUCUUGAGUGGAGGCGCAGUCCACCUGGUCCCUGGGGAAUUCCGUUGUUCGGACACAUGCCUUUUCUUGGUUCAAGACCUUUGAAUAAGUUCAAAGAGUAUCAGGAAAAGUAUGGAGAUGUUUUCCUUUUACGAUUUGGGUCAUGGCCAACCGUUAUAAUUAAUGGUUUGGACACAGUAAAAUCGACGCUUACUCAUGACUCGGAUAGUUUUGCCGCACGACCGCCGUUUUUUUCAAUCAAAAGCCUGAACGAUAUGAAAGGUCUCACAUUUAGCAAUUUUGAUGAAAGAUACUUAUUGCAUCGUAAAAUUUCAAGUAGCGUUAUAAGAGAAAUAGGAAGUACAAAUAACUCUGGUUUGGAAGAAAUAAUACAAGACGAGGCCAACUUACUAGUGUCUAGUUUUAUGCACUAUAAAGGCAAACCAUUCAACCCUAGCGACUUAAUAUACACGGCUACGGGUAGUAUCACCUACCAGUUUUGUUACGGUAAAGGUGAAAAUAUACGAGAUGAUCCGGCCUUUUUAAAAAUAAUGAAAGACCAAGGAUCAAUCGUAGAAUUUUUUUCUGCUGGAAGUUAUUUUGAUAAUCUUCCAUGGUUAAGAUAUAUCUUUCCAGGACGUUUCAAAAGAUUUUUGGAUUUUAUUGACAAUUUUAGGAAAGCUCGAAACGAAAAUGGAGCUGAGAUGAUAAAAACGUUUCAUCCGGGUCAUUCUCGCCAUGCCAUGGAUGGUUUCUUAAACGCUUGCUUGAAGUACAACAUAACAGAAACUCCAAACGAAGUGGGAUUGACUAAGAGUCAACUGGUAGACACACUUCAGGAUUUUUUUGCUGCUGGAUUUGAGACAACUGCUUCUACUUUAAGAUGGGUAUUCCUGUACCUUGCUGAAUAUCAAGAUAUUCAGAUAAAAAUACAGAAAGAAAUAGACGAAAAAAUUGGACGAAACAAAAUCAUAUCUCUGAAGGAUCGUCGCGUUCUAUCAUAUACUGAGGCAGUCAUUUUGGAGAUCAUGAGAAUAGCGCCAGUUGUUCCACUGGGAUUACCACAUAUAACGACUACCGACGUAAUCGUAAAAAAUACCAAGAUAGCAAAAGGGACAGUUGUUUACUUUAACAUUUUCUCGGUUAUGUAUGAUGAGUUCUGGGGUAAUCCUGAUGAGUUCCAACCUGAACGAUUUCUGGAUGAUAAUGGGAGUCUGAUAAAAGAAAAAGUUGACAAUGUACUUGCAUUUAGCGCAGGACGACGCGUCUGUAUUGGCAAAUUGAUAGCACAAGCUGAGGUGUUUUACCUGGUGACCACUUUGCUUCAAAAUUGUAAGUUAUACAAACCUGAACAUGAGAAAUACGAUUUCGAAGGGGAGCAGGGUGCAAGUUACUCUCCAAAAGGAUAUAAAAUAUGUGUGGAAGCUAGAUAAGUAAUUUGUAGGGAGUUCUCUGGAAGUGCAACUCAGGAACGAAGUUAUGUCAAAAUACUUUUUAAAAGAACUCAUUGAAAUAGCUUUUUUUUAAAAAGACGCUUGGAAUUCUUAAGAAAUUUAAAAUAUACCAUCAUUUCUUUAAAUAUUUGAAAAAUUGAUUGUUAUCAAAU